UGUCAAAGAUGGCGAUUUAAUAUCAUCGGUUCGGGUGUCGUUGUAUUAUAUGUUGUUUUGAACAUUGUCGUUGUGUGUGUAAGUUAAGUGUUAAAGUUGUUUUUAUGGCGUUUCAUAUUAGAUAAGCAAAUCUAUAUUCGGAAUUAGUGUGUUAUGCUAAAGUGUAAAACGAGCUGUGACGGUAAAUCCUCAGUGUGGCUCGGCGUGCUUUGCCUGUAGCCGACUGGGGAAUGGUUUGUUCAAAUCAUGGGUGCCCAACCAACUAAAGAACGUGGUGUUUCUUCGGGAGCAUUAACUGUACGAACAACUAGAAGCAAACCGAGGAUUCCCAAGGAUGGUCGUCAACAAGGAUCUAACAUCUUCACAGAACAUAGUGGACUGUCAGAUGUGAGGCAGUAUUUUCAUUACAAGGCCCUGCUGCAGAGUCGACCACUGCCACACAUCCCAGACCUGCCAGAUGGAGAGGCUCCCCUGCCUCUACCUCUGGAGUCUGCUGCCCGAUGGACAUCCAAGGAGAACUUGCUGGCCCAGGAGGAAGAUGAUCCACAACUCUUUGUCGCUCUCUAUGACUUCCAGGCAGGUGGUGAGAACCAGCUCAGUCUUAAAAAGGGUGAGCAGGUCCGUAUCCUGAGCUACAACAAGUCGGGAGAGUGGUGCGAGGCUCACUCGUCAUCAGGACAGGUCGGCUGGGUGCCUAGCAACUAUGUUACCCCGGUUAACUCCCUGGAGAAACACUCGUGGUAUCACGGGCCCAUCUCACGCAAUGCGGCCGAGUACUUGCUCAGCUCAGGCAUCAACGGCAGUUUCCUGGUGCGCGAGAGUGAGAGCAGCCCUGGUCAGCGCAGCAUAUCCCUUCGGUACGAGGGUCGGGUCUACCACUACCGCAUUAACGAAGACACAGACGGCAAGGUGUAUGUGACGACAGAGAGUAAGUUCAACACCCUGGCCGAGUUGGUACAUCAUCACUCCAUGCACUCAGAUGGCCUCAUUACACAGCUGCUCUACCCUGCACCAAAGCACAACAAGCCAACUGUGUUCGCUCUCAGUCCAGAGCCUGAUGAAUGGGAGAUUAACAGGACAGACAUAGUGAUGAGACAUAAAUUGGGAGGUGGGCAGUAUGGGGAUGUGUACGAGGCUGUGUGGAAACGAUACAAUGUCACCGUCGCUGUCAAGACUCUCAAGGAAGAUACAAUGGCCUUAAAAGACUUCCUGGAAGAAGCGGCAAUCAUGAAAGAAAUGAAACAUCCCAAUCUAGUCCAGUUAUUGGGGGUGUGUACAAGAGAGCCGCCAUUCUACAUAAUCACAGAGUUUAUGAGCAAAGGUAACCUACUGGACUACCUGAGGCACGGUAAUAAGGAACAGAUCAAUGCUGUGGUGCUGAUGUACAUUGCAACACAAAUCGCUAGUGGCAUGAGUUACCUGGAGAGUCGAUGCUUUAUUCACAGGGACCUGGCAGCCCGCAACUGUCUGGUCGGGGAGAAUCAUCUGGUGAAGGUGGCAGACUUUGGAUUGGCCAGGCUGAUGAGGGACGACACCUACACAGCCCAUGCGGGCGCCAAGUUUCCCAUUAAGUGGACAGCACCGGAAGGUUUGGCAUACAACAAGUUUUCCACCAAGUCAGACGUGUGGGCAUUUGGUAUCCUGCUGUGGGAGAUCGCCACAUACGGCAUGUCUCCGUACCCUGGGGUGGACCUCACUGAUGUGUACCAUAUGCUUGAGAAAGGAUACAGGAUGGAGUGUCCACCCGGCUGUCCACCCAAGAUAUAUGAGCUGAUGAGGCAGUGCUGGCAGUGGGUUCCAGGUGAGAGGCCCACAUUCCAGGAGAUCCAUCAUGCGCUGGAGAACAUGUUCCAGGAGUCCAACAUCAUCGAAGAGGUGGAGAAACAACUACAGGGUAGUAACACUCCUCAGCUACCGUACAAGAAACCUCACACUGGAAGUACCGGUAACAUCCAUAGUCUAGUCCUGCUGUCUGACCAGCCACCUCCAGAACCAGCGCCAGUGACCAAGUUGAGCACAUUCAGCAGUGCACCGGCACCAGUCUCCAAGGGUAGCAUUGUGCAGCUGCGUAGGCCUACUAACCGCAAGGGCAAGACAGCUCCAGCACCCCCUAAACGCACUAGCUUGCUGUCGUCUUGUAGCUCGUUCAGAGAUUCAACGUACCAGGAGCAAGAGUCCGGCCUGCCCGAGCCUCCAGCUGACGAUUCGGCCACCCUUAAUGGUAUUGAUCUCAUAUUCCAAGGUAUAACGCGAGAGCUGCAGACCCUAACUGCCAGCAACAAGGGCGACAGUGAGGACCAAAUGACUCCCGACACGGACGACUCUGGAGCCCACAGUGAAGGUUUCAAGCGGGCUCCACCCCCUGUCAUGGGGCACCGGGGCCUGGAGCAGCGUGGAAAGAAGGCACGCACAUAUCCACCUAAGGAGCAGCCUAAUACUCAUAAGGUGGUGCAAGUAGCUGCACUAGAAGUCCAAAAUGUAAAGAGAGCCAUCAACCGCUACGGAACACUACCAAAGGGAGCUCGGAUUGGUGCCUACUUAGAGUCAUUGCGGCAGAGUGGCCUGAGUGAGGGGCAGGUAGGGGAGACACCACCUCCCCAUCGCUCUGUCUCCCCCCGCAACAACAUUCGGACCCAACCGGGGCACAUGAUCCGCAGCAAUUCAUCUGGUGGGUUCCAGCACCACCACCAUCCCCCCUCCAGCCCUCGUAACCGGCACGCAGCCAGGGCCAACAGUACAGAGACUCGGGCAGCUCAGCCAUCUCUUGCGGACCUAGAGUUUCCCCCACCUCCCCCACCCGAGGAACUGGACAGUGGUGACGUCAGUAACCCUCAGCCUUCUGUUGAGGAGGCCAGUUUCCGCUUUGGAGUCAGUCUGAGGCACCGUGAGCCUUCCACUGACUCUUGUAGCUCAGCCAAGUCUGAACCUGUUCGGAUUCCAUCUAAAACCUCCCCCAGGCCUCGGGACAGACCUCCGAGUCCUCCUAGUCAAACUCCCAGUCAAGAAACGAAAAGUCCAGCAUCCGAAGAACAACCUCCCUCACCAGUCGUGCCACCUUCUCCACCACCAUCCCCAAAAUUAUCCAAAGAUGAGAAUCAGGAUGAGGAAGACAAGACUUCGCCUACAUCGAAAAUUCUCAAAAGCUCUAUGCCUGUGAUGAUGAAGGAAAUGCUGGAAUUGAAACUUACUACUGAAACCAAGGAAAGGACUAUAAACAAAAGUUCUAAAGAUUCACCUCAAAAUGAGACAGUUGAGAAUGUAGACAAUUCUGAAGCUCAGACUUCUCCAGUGGAUUUCAAAGUCAACUUACGAAAGGUGAGUCUGAACUCGGAUACUGGUGUCAAACAAGAAAGUGCUUUUAAAGCUCAGUUGAAAAAGUUUGAAAUCAAGAAAGAAACAGAAGAUAAGGCAAACGGUGGAGUUAUAGAUUUAAAAUCUAGAUUAAGAAAAGUAGAUACGACCAACUCUACACCAAAACAAGAGGAGGAAGAAGAGAGUGAUGAUAAACGGAGGAGUACAGGAAGUAUCAGCAGUUUGAAGAAGUUGUGGGAAGGAGAGAGUAGUCCACCCGAAGUUGUGAAAGAAAGACGAGUUUGGCCACCAGAAGAAAAGCCAGCUGUCCCAACGAAACCAAAUGUGAAGGCAGUUGCCAAACCAACAGCAAUCUACGCAACACCGGGGGUACUGUCAAGUGUGAUGGAAAUUUGGCAGGCAUUGGAAUCCAGUCUGGUGAGCCUAAAAUCUUCGUCUUCCGUCUCCUCUGCAAGUUGGCUCCAGUUGUCGGACAAGGUGGGGCUAUUUCACUCAUCGUGUCUGGGUUAUGCAGAGUCAGUAGCGCCCCCACAUGCCCGUUUCCACCUGCGCGAGUUACUGACACGCCUGGAAGUGCAGGCCCGAACACUUCGCUCAGCUGGUGCUCGAAACCAAGCUGAUAACACAAAGACUUUGACUGAGCUACAUAACACUCUUAAAGACGUUGUGAAUGCAGUGCAGAGGUAGGGUGAGCGUAGAGGUGGUUUGUUCUCAGGUCAUCAUCCACUUAUUGUAAAGUAUUAUAGUACCAUUCUGUGUUAUUUAUUAUUGUAAAAUUUUUAUUAAUUCGGUUUUAGUUAUGUUGGUACUCCUGAUAUCAGUCGUGAGCUUACUCUGAUCAUUCAAGCCAUUCACAGACAUGUGAUUAUGUAAGUACUGAGUUUUGUACCUUACUUGAAAUAUACAACGCAGUUUUCUAGCCGAUGUAUAAUACGUGUACGUAGCCGAUCAGAUUUAUUAUUGGUGUACUCUUUACUGUAAUUUAAAGGAUUUUCAUGUACAUUUUAUUUAAUAUUUUUUAUACUCUCAAGUUCAUUAGUAUCAAAAUUGGGAAGUGUUCAGAAAUAUUUUCAGAAGCUGUACAUAAUUUAUUUGGUUAGAUUUGAAGAUCUGCAUUCAAUUAUCCACUUACUUCUAGCCCUGUGAUAACGAUUGUGUGUAUGUAUCGUAUAGAUAUAUUUUUAUUUUGCUAUGUUACGCUCAAGCCUAACUUGAUGUAUUUAUCGUUGUUCGAGUGUGUGCGACUAUGCUAGUCUUUUGUUAGUUGUGAAUUUUUCGUGUAGCAAAGACUUGUCUUACUAUUGAUUGUUUUUGUAAAGAGGUACUAUAAAAAGAGACUUUGGUAUUUUUAAUUAAUCUUUUCCGUGACAUUUAUUAACGUAUAGUCCGUAAGUGAAAGACACUAUGCUAAGCAUUUACAGUUUGUAUAUUAACAUUACCACAGUAUUUACUUUCUUUUAUGUAAGUACAGAUGUAUUAAAAUACUCGAGUUACAUUCUUAAUUAUAUUUAUGUAUAAGUUGUUUGGUUCAACCUCUUCAACACUGUCAUCAGUUAUAGUAAUUAAGAUUAAUAAUUAUUUUGUAUCAAAAAGUCUUUUUACUUCUGCAUUUUGUAUUAAAAAAAGAUAAUUUUACAUUGCAACAAUUAAAACUCCAUUCAAUAAAAAUAAUUUUAACAUAUUCAAAAUGUUGUCAUAUUUUAUAACAGCUGAAUGUUUUUUUUCAACUGUUGUUGAAUUAUGUAACACUUGACAUUUUAGGCAGUAAAAGUUUACAGAGAAAUGCAUAAAUUAGAAAAACUUCAUAAUAUUUAAAUUAUUUUGCCAAAAAAUAAAUAGUUGUAAAGUAUAAUUUCUAUAAAUCUAGCUAUAGACCAAAGCAGGAGAAUUUUAGAGCCUUUGAAUCGUACGCAAGCAAGUAUGUAAGAUAAUAACAAAAUGAACAUUUUUCUCAACAGUAAUGGAUCUAGAGUCAAAUGAAUCUCGUGUUUUGUUAUGAUUGAGUGUUGCAAUACAAAAUAUUUUUAUAAGUGAUUAUUUAAUACAUUAAUCAAAAAUUUGUGCUUAGUUAAGACAUUCCAAUAUAUUGCAAUACAUACCAAAGCCUGCCAUUGACUUAACUAAUGGCAUUGUUUCGUAGAGCCGUGUGUGGUGACGAGUCAUUGAACCAGUCGAGAAAACGUCCCACAGUUUGUUCCUAUAAUGAGGACUGGCCUGUCUUGGGUUUUGAGAUCAUAUUUUCUGAUUUAUUAUAUUAUACAUUCAUGGUUAUUGUAGACUAAAUAUUUCCUUUCAUAAGGCUGGCUUGUUUUCAUUUUGUACAUUUUUACAACCGCAUGCUUGGUCUUUUUGUACAGUACUCAAGUAUAGGUCAGAUAGAUAUACUUUACUGUGUGAAUGUUUGUAUAAUAAAUAUAAAUUUACAAACAGUA